AUGUGGAUUUCGCUGCUUUACAUUUGCUUUUUUAUUCCAUCCGUGACUCCACAAACAAACCAAAAUGUACAGACUCUUAUAAGCGACCUUUUUGAUAAUUACACACCCAAAGUCCGCCCCACGGUCAUCCAAGAUCACCCAAUCCAGCUCGAUGUCAGUUUUUAUUUGAGUAGUGUCAAUGAAGUCAGUGAGGUCAAGGAGAAACUGGUUACCACGGGAUUCCUGGUGUUGAUAUGGAUCGAUGAGCUGUUAAGAUGGACUCCCUCUGACUAUAACAACACCGACACCAUCUUUAUCCCACAGAAUGAAAUAUGGAAGCCUGAUCUUGUACUGAAAAACGGGUUUAAGAAGUUCGAGGAGCUGGGAGGAAGCUUUUACUACCUGUCAAUCAAUUAUGAAGGACGAGUGUUUUGGUUGCCGUUCAACGUUUUUGAAAGUCGCUGUUCCAUGGACAUAACCAAUUUCCCAUUCGACACACAGAAAUGUGAUAUUAAAUUUAUCACAUGGAGUCAUUUUGCAGAUCAGAUAGAAAUUACUAAAUCAACGAAUGGAAUCCAAUUUUACGAUUUUGAGGCCAAUGGAGUUUGGGAUAUAAUCGACACGACAUCGGACAUCAAGAAAGAGGCCCGGGAAUCUGAAGUCACAUUCACCAUCAAACUACGUCGAAAGUCCCUGUAUUACAUAUUAAAUAUAAUUCUACCCAUUGUUUUCUUGGGAUAUUUGAAUAUGCUAGUUUUUGUGAUCCCGGUAGACGCAGGGGAAAAAAUGUCAUUUUGUGUGACCGUAUUUUUGGCCUUUGCUGUUUUUCUGACCAUUAUUUCCACGCUGUUGCCAACUACCUCCGAUCACACUCCGAUUAUUGCGAUGUACCUGAUCGUUCAGUUGAUAUACGGAGUUAUAGCCCUUGUUAUUUCAGCAUUUCAGCUCCGCAUACAUCAUAGAGACGAUGAAAAUGAGAUACCAUCGCAUUGGGUAAAGCUCGUCUUUCUUCAAAGAAAAUUGAGAUGUAAGAAAACAAAUACAAUUGAAAUCAGGGUUUUGGAUUCAAAUUUGAACGAUAAAGAGGAGUUAAACACCAAGCAGCAUUACAAUAGUGACCAGGAAGUGACGUGUGAAUGGAAACACGUGGUUUCUACAAUAGAUUUUUUCGCUUUCUGGUGUUUUUUAAUCUCCAAUAUU